AUGGUUUUGACGAACCUCUGUUAUGGAGAGAGAAAUGUCAACCUCUUGCCUCUUCUUCCUUCUCUUUGCUCUCCUUUUGCUGAUUCUCUCUUCCCAAGACGAAUUUAUCAACCUGAUCCUACUGCUGAUCUUCCACCUCUCUAUUCAAUGAUUGAAGGCCCCACUGUAAACAGGCAGAGUUGGUUACAUGAAGAGGAUUUGAACUCAGUUUCUAUGGAUGUGCCAUUUGCUUCAUCUGAACAAGCUACAACAUGGUCGCUUAAACCUCCUGUUCAAUCUUCAUCUCAAGGUCCUAUCAUGACUCCAAGACCAAAACUUCCUCAUUAUCUCCAUCAUCACCACAGUAGGAAACCUUUUGCUGUGGCUCCAUCCGCUUCUAAAGACCCAGCUUGUAGCCAAAUCUGUACAGAUCCAUUCACUGCAACUCCUUUUGGUUCACCUUGUGGUUGUAUAGUUCCCAUGAAAGUCAGACUAGUACUGGGUGCACCUCCUUUGGUUGUUUUUCCAGUCAUUACUGACUUAGAGAUUGAAGUUGCAUCCGGAACAUAUUUGAGACAGAGCCAAGUGAGGAUAAUGGGUGUCAAUGCUGACAAUGAAAAUCUCGGGAGAACCGUAGUUGAUAUUGACUUGGUUCCACUUGGGGAAAAAUUUGACAAUAACACUGCACUUCUGUUGUAUGAGAGAUUUUGGCACCACAAAGUUCAUCUAAAUAGGAGCCUUUUUGGUCAUUAUGCAAUCUUGUACAUUGCUUAUCCAGGUAUUUCAUCAUCGCUUCCACCUGGAACCCUAAUUGGGAGUGGUCCCCUGCCCAGCUUGGAAUCUAUGUUGUCAAGCAGAAUUAUGAGCUCAAGAUCUAUGUCCCUUGUGUCCACUAUUGCUGCUUCUAUUCUAUCCGUUAAAACAUUUUCCUUUUCUGAGCUCGAGAAAGCAACAGAUAGGUUCAGUUCUCAGAGAGUAUUAGGAGAAGGAGGAUUUGGACGCGUUUAUUCUGGGACAUUGGAUGAUGGAAAUGUAGUUGCAGUUAAGCUGCUAACAAGGGAUGAUCAGAAUGGAGACCGGGAAUUUAUCGCGGAAGUUGAGAUGCUAAGCCGUUUGCAUCAUCGUAAUCUUGUGAAACUCUUUGGUAUAUGCAUAGAAGGGCGAAGGCGAUGCUUGGUGUAUGAGCUUGUUUGCAAUGGUUGUGUUGAGUCUCAUUUGCAUGGUGAUGACAAGAAAAGCAGCCCUCUAGAUUGGGAAGCACGGAAAAAAAUUGCCAUUGGAUCUGCGAGAGGUUUGGCCUAUUUACAUGAGGAUUCCAAUCCUCGUGUAAUCCACCGAGACUUUAAAUCUAGCAACGUGUUGUUAGAAGAUGACUUUACCCCCAAGGUUUCUGAUUUUGGAUUAGCAAGAGAAGCAGGCGAAGGAAAUGGUCAUAUUUCUACAAGGGUCAUGGGUACUUUUGGAUAUGUUGCCCCAGAAUAUGCAAUGACAGGCCAUUUACUCGUUAAAAGUGAUGUUUAUAGCUAUGGUGUUGUGCUGCUUGAGCUUCUAACGGGCAGAAAACCAGUGGACAUGUCUCAACCUCCUGGACAGGAGAACCUUGUAACGUGGGCUCGACCACUGUUGAGAAGCAGAGAAGGUUUAGAAAAGCUGGUGGAUCCAUCUUUGGCUGGAAAAUAUGACUUUGAUGACAUGUCUAAGGUGGCUGCCAUUGCUUCCAUGUGCGUACACUCGGAGGUCACUCAAAGGCCUUUUAUGGGUGAAGUUGUGCAGGCUCUUAAGUUGAUCUACGACGACACCAUUGAGAAUGAGAAGGAGGCCUUUUGGCAUGAGUCGGAUUUUGGAGGGGAACUUAUAUUUUCUGGUAGCAGUUGGUUGGAUGGUGAAGGGGUAAUCCCGAGAUUAACUAAUGGACUAGAAUCUCCUCUCAUCAAUGUGGACUAUUGUUCUGGUUCACUUGAAAUGGAAAAGGGAGCAUCAAGCUCGAAUGCAGAUGAAACAUCUUUGCCAAUCAGGCACGGGAAUAGAUCAGGCCCCUUGAGAACAGCCCGGGGUAAGCCAUCCUUUAAUAAGCUUACUCGAAGUCGGAGUGAUCAUGUGUUUCAAACAAGCGCCCAAAGGGCUGAUUUGGAGUUACUGGCUUGUGUAGGCUACAUUUUUAGUGUUGGAUCAGGGAAGGUGAAAUUUGAGUUAUAA